AUGUUGUUCAUCCUUGUCCUCAUUUUUGGAGUGGCAUCUGUAUCUUCCGACCGCUGUUCAGCUAUUCCUCCAACGCUUUGGUGUAGCAGUAAGGAUAUCAUUAAAGAAUGUGGAUUUUCCGAACAAUGCAAUCGAUACAAGGAAGCUGUUCGCAAUCAACCUAUCAACAUCACUGUACUGAUGGAAUCGCUUUGUCCUUACUGUCAGCGAUGGUUCGUCAACAAACUUCCUGCUAUUUUUAAAAAUUUCAACAAAUUCGUAAAUAUAGAAAUUGUUCCCUAUGGGAAUGCAAGGGUCAAGAAUGGAUCUAUCGAUUGUCAGCACGGACCCGAAGAGUGUUAUAUCAAUCGAUUCGAGUCCUGUGUAAUCGAUUCUAUGCAAGACCAAAGUCAGUAUGUACCAAUGAUCUACUGCAUUCAAAAACAGUUGAAGAUGAGAGUCCCGUUUGUCAAAGGAUCACAAAAGUGCUUCCGUAUGCUGAAAGUCUCCGAUGAAAUACAAAGAAAGAUAAAGCAAUGCGAAGACUCGGGGCUCGGAGAUCAACUUCAAAUGAAAGCGGCUGAAUUGACAGAAAAGGUUUGGCCUGAUAGAAAAAGAGGGGUUCCAUGGAUACUGGUGAAUGGUAUUUCACUUGAGAGCAGUCAAGGAAUGUCGGAUUAUAUGCCAUAUUUACUGUGUGAAUGGUAA